AUGUCAGCUAACUACAACUGGAAGGCUGUCCAUCCGGUCUACGGAGUCCCCAUUUCCGUCGUGGAAGCCACGGAGCAACCUAUAAUCCGCUGCGACGUUCGACAGAAGCACAACCUUCCUUCUAGAUCAUGGGCGGUCCGUAUCUCCACAUGGAUCAACACUAACUAUUUCUUAUGGUCUUUGUGCGCUGGUCUAGCAGAUUAUCGCUCUGACGAGGAGUGGACGACUACCUUCGACGCCCACUAUCGUCAGACCUGGGACGAGAUCCAGGCUAGGGUCCAGGAGAUCGACGGACCUUAUAGAUUCGGCAUGCCCAUUCCGAUGCCCCCAGUCGCGAAGGCUGUCGUUAUCCACCACCCCGAGAGUGGCCCUGCGGAGACAUUCACAGUUGGUCCGGAGCCUCGCCCGUCCCAUCUGAUCCCUCGGGUGACUAGUAUGCCUCGAUAUGCUGUAUGGAGUCUCUUGCGCUUUGUGACUGAACGUCAGUCCUCUGUACCUGAUCAAUUUGACGUAGUGCUCGAUAUGUCAUCGCCGGCGCCGUCGCGCCCUGUACGUACGCGGAUUGGCCAGGGCGUGGCUAGAAAGGGCGUAUCUCAAGGCGACUUGAAGGAUAACGAUAACGUGAUAGACACAUACUAUCAGUUUGGAAAUUGA